CAGUGGCCUGGAUUUCUCCCCGCAUUUCUUUCUGGGAGGCGAACAGCAAGACAGGCAUUUGAGAUUCUAUAUAGCGGGAGAAUAUAGUGUUGGCAAUGCUCUUUCAACCUCCAACAUUCCUCGACAUGCAGUUAUGAUUUUGUGGAAUUGACAACAAAGAACAGUGGAUUGGAGAAGGAUUGAGAUAUCAGUACAAAGAAACUAAGAGAGUCACCUACUCCAAGCAGUGUAGAGGGGGAAACCAACUACUGCAGCGCCAUGGCUGACCCAAUAAAGCUGGCUGACCCAAAGCUGGCUGAACUAAGAGACGGCAUGGCAGAUUUUACAGUUCAGACGGCCAAGCACUCCAACUCUCCAGUCUCCUCCACUCCCCUGCGGCCGCCCAGCGAACAGCAGUCCAAGGACCGGGCCUCCAAAAGGCUUUCCUCCGAGUCCAACGGGACCAGCGAGGGUGGGGCAGGGUCGCGGACGCCCGUGGAGAUAACCGCACUGGAGGAGUCGUUCCGGCGCUUCGCCAUCCACGGCGACACACGUGCCACAGGAAAGGACAUGCAUGGCAAGAACUGGUCCAAGCUGUGCAAGGACUGUGGCGUCAUCGACGGAAAAACUGUCACCCUCACGGACGUGGAUAUCGUCUUCACUAAAGUCAAGAAGAAAUCCUGUCGCACCAUCACGUUUGACGAGUUCAAGGCAGCGGUGGGAGAGCUGGCCAGCAAGAGAUUCAAGGAGAAAACGGGAGAGGAGGCGGAGGGGGAGGUCUUCAGGAUGAUUGAGGGGAAGAAACCGGUCAUUAAAGGAGUCACGAGAGCGGUGGCUUCUCCCACCGUGUCUCGUCUGACGGACACGACCAAGUUCACUGGGUCACACAAGGAGCGCUUUGACGAGAGUGGCCGUGGGAAGGGGAAGGCAGGUCGCGUGGACAUGGUGGACACAUCCGGGUACGUCGCAGGAUACAAACACCUCGGGUCAUAUGAGAAGAAAGUCACCAAGCCCACCGGGCCCCCUGGAGCCGGGCCCCCUGGAGGAGGGCCCCCUGGAGCCGGGCACUCUGGAGGAGGGCCCCCUGGAGCCGGGCCCCCUGGAGCCGGGCCCCCUAGAGCCGGGCCCCCUGGAGCCAAACCAGUGUGAAGAAAGUAGAAACAAACAGAAACAUAAGACCAACUACUAGGGUAAUAAUUUUCUAAAGAAAGAACUCCAUGAAAGCACAACAAAAAGAUAGGAUUUCAUAUGUUCUCACCCAUCUUGUUUUCUUUUCGCCAGUGGGAUGUUUUGAGUUCCUGUCUUUUUUGUUAUGUGUGAGAACUGGAAAACUGUUUACAUCCAUUUUUACAGCUGGUACAUUCCUGACAGAUCGCAAGUUACUGCCAAAUGUUCACAUGAACCCACCAACCAACAAGGGAAACAACUGUUUUGCUCUGCAUUUUUUUGAAACCUCUUCAUGAUGAUAGGCGUCUUCACAUAUGUAUUAUAAGCACUAUGAAUAACACCAUGCCAAGAAAAACAAAUAAGAGGGAAGAAAGGGUUCAACAAAUGAUUUAACAAGAUUGCACUUUGCUUUAGAUGGGCCAUAGCUUCUUUUCCUCCUUUUAGUUGAAGAAAAACAUCCUUCAUUUCAUACCUUUUAGUUAGUUGAAUGUCUAUUGGCACAAACUGGUGAAGUAGAUAUACUGGUAGGUUGUUAUAUUGAUCAAACCAUCUUCAAUAUCAACUUUCUGCCUUUCCUCUGGUCAAUGAAGUCUGCUGUAUGAGUCUUCAUCUACCGGCUGUCUGUUCUCCUUUAUACUGCAUCAUAGUUUACACAUAUUGACGACAACAUCGUUUGCCUUCAAUUGUUCUUAAAAUAACUAAACCUUUUAAACAGGAUAUGUAGAAGUUCUGAGUCUUCCUGUCUUUAGCUACGUAAUAUCAUAUGAAUGAUAACAUUUUAUUUUAGUUCAUUCUACUGUCAGAUAUCAAGUUUGUUAUCUAUGAGUCUUAACUUCCCUUCCUUGUGAAUCUUGCUUUUCUAAACGUUCUGUGAAGUCAUAUCGAUACUGUACCUUUAUGUAUUUACAACACAAGGAGAAGAAUAACACUAGAAUUAUUUCAUAUCCUAAGGCCACGUCUUGUCUGGUUCAUCCUGAAACCCUCAUCAAUUAUUUACACCCAACAUAUUAAACAAGAUAAUAGGUAAAUGACCCUGAAAUUAUUAUCUCUAAUCAUUCAUCUAAAUCACACACACACCAAUUUGAUAAGGCUUCAUUCACAGUUUGUUCCACACUAUGUCCGGUUGUAUUAGCUGGACCUCUGAAACUAAGAGGUGAGCUGGGUUGUUCAGGUUUGUAUUUUUCGAUAUUUAACUGAUAUGAUACUGCCGUCAGAUGUCUAUAGUUGUAAUAUAUUGGUGGUAAGAAUGUGUGUAUUUCUAAACAUGCGGCCGCAUGGCUUCAUUUAAGACGCUGACCUGCGUUUGUUUCUCUUGUCUUGCUGUAUCUUAAGCAUGAAGUAAUGCAAUGCUACUACUUUACCAUUAACGACAUGAAACAGACGACAUAUUUCAGAGGUCUCAUUUCAACUGCUGUGUUUAGUGGCUCGGUUAUAGUGACUUGCUCUGCUCCUACGUUCUGGCAGAGUAGUCAGACCAAUGGAAUUAAAACUAAAACAACUUCACUUUGACAGGAGGACCAAGUUGUGGUUACAUUGUGAGUGUACAGAGACCAUAGAGAUCCUAUAAAUGACUAUGUUUAGACUAAGAAUAUCAAAGGGGACAUUUGUGGCCAAGGAGUUGGGUGACAUUGUCAGGUGAUAUCAUUGACCGUACAUGCAGAAAAAAAUCUAUAGCUUGGUGGAACCAGCCUGAUCGUUGCGUUCACUAUGAAAGAGAAUGAUGAACCCGGCCUGAUCGUUGCGUUCACUAUGAAAGAGAAUGAUGAACCAGCCUGAUCGCUGCGUUCACUAUGAAAGAGAAUGAUGAACCAGCCUGAUCGUUGCGUUCACUAUGAAAGAGAAUGAUGAACCAGCCUGAUCGCUGCGUUCACUAUGAAAGAGAAUGAUGAACCAGCCUGAUCGCUGCGUUCACUAUGAAAGAGAAUGAUGAACCAGCCUGAUCGUUGCGUUCACUAUGAAAGAGAAUGAUGAACCAGCCUGAUCGCUGCGUUCACUAUGAAAUAGAAUGAUGAACCAGCCUGAUCGCUGCGUUCACUAUGAAAUAGAAUGAUGAACCAGCCUGAUCGCUGCGUCCACUAUGAAAUAGAACCAUGAAAGAGAAAUGAUGAACCAGCCUGAUCGCUGCGUUCACUAUGAAAGAGAAUGAUGAACCAGCCUGAUCGUUGCGUUCACUAUGAAAGAGAAUGAUGAACCAGCCUGAUCUCUGUGUUCACUAUGAAAUAGAACCAUGAAAGAGAAUGAUGAACCAGCCUGAUCGUUGCGUUCACUAUGAAAGAGAAUGAUGAACCAGCCUGAUCGUUGCGUUCACUAUGAAAGAGAAUGAUGAACCAGCCUGAUCGUUGCGUUCACUAUGAAAGAGAAUGAUGAACCAGCCUGAUCGUUGCGUUCACUAUGAAAUAGAAUGAUGAACCAGCCUGAUCGCUGCGUCCACUAUGAAAGAGAAUGAUGAACCAGCCUGAUCGUUGCGUUCACUAUGAAAGAGAAUGAUGAACCAGCCUGAUCGUUACGUCCACUAUGAAAGAGAAUGAUGAACCAGCCUGAUCGUUGCGUUCACUAUGAAAGAGAAUGAUGAACCAGCCUGAUCGCUGCGUUCACUAUGAAAUAGAACCAUGAAAGAGAAAUGAUGAACCAGCAAUCAGGCUGGUUCCACCAGGCUACAAGAUCAAAUGUCAGCAAUUUGAAUUGUAUCAAAUGGAUGCACAUCAAACUAGGUUUUACAUUCUAAAUGAAAAAGACUACUAUGCCAUAGAUACUACAGGUAGGUACAUAUGACUAGUGACUUCAUCAGUAUUGUUUGUGACCCUUGAACUCUUGUCUUUGAAGAAGUUUUAGAGAAACCUUUUUAGUGUAAACACUGUUACCCUGACACUUUCUACGGCACACAUUCAACAGAAUACAAAAGGCAGGGUAAUAUAGUACUGUGAUAUUUGAUGGACAUACUGUAUGAGGUGAAGGGGAUGAACAAAUAAGUAGACUUUUGUAGGACAUAUAUUUUUCCAGCAUAAUGACAUACUGUUGCUUUCAUACUGGCCACCCUACCUUAGCCUCUGCUGACCAAUAAGACUCAUGUGUUGAUUGAGAUCAACACCUGUUAACUAGUUGAAUCGUAAUCACUUUAGUACGAUUUGUCUUGUGUGCUUAAUGCCAAAUACUGUGCACGUUUUCGUGUGGAGAAGCAAAUCCUUCUUAUUUUUCCAAAAAAUAACUUGUUAAUGUACGAUUAUUGUGACCUGGUGCAUGCUUUGUGUUUUGGUUCUUGUUCUCGAGACCUGUGUGUGUGUUCAUGAUUUGUAGCAUUGUUGAAAAUAAAAACUCCCCAUCCUGAAGAA